CUCCGACUCUGGCGCUGACGCAAGAUAUCUGCCGUGGAGAAGCCGUCAAAAAACAAAAAGUAACCAGGUUCUAGUCACCGGUCAACUCGCAAACAUGUCCGGAGAUGAGAUGAUUUUUGAUCCCAACAUGACCAAGAAAAAGAAGAAGAAGAAGAAGCCCUUCAUGCUGGACGAGGAAGGAGGAGAUGGGAUUGCAGGAGAAGAGGUGAGAGAGGUAGAGGUGAAGGAGGCAGAACCAGAGGCUGGCGACGACAAGGACCUGGACAUGGAUGAAGAUGACAGCAGAAAGAAAGAAACGUCUGACGAUUUGAAUGACCUGAACUUCUUCAACCAGAAGAAAAAGAAAAAGAAACCCAAAAAGGUGUUUGACAAUGAAAUUGAGGAGGGGAUGAAAGAGCUUAAAAUUGAGGGAGAACAAAGUGAUGUUCUUGAAGAGGACAACCUGGACCUGAUGCUUCCUGCCAAGAAGAAGAAGGCCAAAAAAGUUGAUUUUGAUGAAGGCGAACCUCUUGAGAAGGAUGACGCAGUGGAGGAUGAUGAGGGGAAAAACAAUGAUGGCAUUUCAUUCAGCUCCACCACAGGACCGGCGUGGGCUGGCUCUGAAAGAGACUACACAUAUGAUGAGCUCCUGAACAGAGUUUUUAACAUCAUGAGGGAAAAAAACCCGGACAUGGUGGCGGGAGAGAAGAGGAAAUUUGUGAUGAAACCCCCUCAGGUGGUGCGAGUGGGAACCAAAAAGACCUCCUUUGUCAACUUCACAGAUAUCUGCAAAUUGUUACAUCGUCAGCCCAAACAUCUCCUCGCUUUCCUAUUGGCUGAGCUCGGAACAAGCGGUUCCAUUGACGGUAAUAACCAGCUCGUGAUCAAAGGACGAUUUCAACAGAAACAGAUAGAAAAUGUCUUGAGAAGAUACAUCAAGGAGUAUGUGACGUGCCACACCUGCCGCUCCCCUGAGACCAUCCUGCAGAAGGACACUCGCCUCUAUUUCCUGCAGUGCGAGACGUGCCACUCGCGCUGCUCCGUCGCUAGCAUCAAGACCGGCUUCCAGGCGGUGACGGGCAAAAGGGCGCAGCUCCGUGCCAAAGCCAACUGAAGGGCCACCGCAUGUUGGUUGGCCUCCUCCUCCGUUCUCCUGGCUUCCCCUCUCUCCUCAGAAGGGUCCAAGCUGUGGCAGGCAGGAAGCUUCCUCUGUUUUUAAAAAAGGACUUAAUGCAUUGAAGUGCAAGUGGAUUGGGUUUGAUAAUGGUGUGCUGCCCCGAGCGGGCAGGAGGCCAGAUGUCUGCCGUCUACGUCGUCGGAUGCAUUUGGAUUAUUUUGACCCUCUGCAUUUUUUGCUGUAAUUGUUGAUUCCUGCAAUAAAAUCUGAUUUAUCAAAA